GUUUUUUGCGACUUUUUGUCCCCCCCUCUGCAUCUGAAGUGGUUACUGCAGUAGAGCUUCAACGUAAUUUCAGAAAAGAAGGAAGCAUAACAACUCAGCUAUCUGAUGUUAUAUUCCUCAAGGCAUUAGAAAUAUUGGGAGAUUAAAAAAUAAAAGAAGUAUUCCGCCAUUGUGUGGGUUGGGUCAAUCUCGAUCCUGUGGACGUGAGGCGAGGCUGACAUUCUCAAACUUCGCGGGCUCCCUUCCCCAAACAACAUCAACAAUCAUCCUUCUUUCCCCAAACAUCAAAAAUCAUCAACCACGCACUCAUUAUCACACCACACAACACACGAUUCUACGCGAUCGAACAAGAGAAGUAGUCCUGCGCGUGCAGCUUCUACUACGGACUCAAUUCCACCGUGAGCGACUCCAUUCUCCACGAUCACAGAUCUCCACCAGCCUCCUCCACAAUGACGCCCCGCAAGACACGAACCCGCAACCACGCCUCGAGCACCUCACAGCCCCCUCUCGUCUCAGACUACGACUCCGAAGCCCAAUACACCGCCCCAGGCACGCUACGCACCCGCGAAGAGAUCAACCACUCUGUCAUAAAACGUUACGUGCCCUCGCUCUCUGCAAUCCUCGAGAUCGCCGCUUCAGCAUACAUCUACACCCUCAACAACACAACCGGCGAAUGGGAGAGGACCGGUAUCGAAGGCACAUUGUUCGUCUGCGAGCUCACACCAUCUCCUAUCACCGGAUCACCGCGGCACUGCGUUGUGGUUUUGAACAGGAAGGGUCUGGAGAACUUGAUCGUCUUUUCAGAAGAGCUUCAGAAUGUGGAGAUAUCGGAUGAGUUUCUGCUGUUGAAGUUCAGGAGUCGGGAGAGUGGGAAUGGGUUUGUGCAGGAGACGAAGGAGCAGGAGAAGAUCCUCGGGCUCUUUAUGACGGCUGAUGGGGAUGCGAAGGAGAGGGUCUGCCUGGCGGUGAAGAGUCAUUGGGAGAUGGCUAUGAGGGAGAGGGAGUCUGGGGAGGGUAUGGAGGGUAUGGUGGAGAAUUUUGGGGAUGAGGGGUAUGGAGAUGGAGGAAUGAUGAGAGAGGCGGCGGGGGAGUCAAAACCCAUGGGGAGACGCUUGAGUCUGACCGAGCUGUUUGGGCAUCGUUGAACAAGCGGCACCAUGGGAGGAAACUCGCUGCUACAGGGGUGCAUAUGGCGUCCCUCCAAAGGAGGGCGAUGGAUCAGUACGAGAUCCGAAUGAGGGUCAAGCAGACGACAAAGCUGUAGUCAGGCUGGUACAAUCUUUGGGGCCGAGGGGAAGAUUGCUGGCGAUUGUGGCGUCUAAUCCCGAGCUGUGCGACAGGCAAGAAGCAAUAAUCGGCAGAUGCUCCUCUAAUUGCUGCUUGGGUGUCCGUGGCGUCCUCGCAUGUUUCCGAACAUCGUUUCUUUUUUCACGUCUUAUCCUAACAUUGUUCCUUCA